UCAAUAUGAGCGAUGACGUCACAUAUUUAAGGGGUCACGGAUCAGAACUCCACGACUUCCACGGACUAGUCAGACUCGUCCGGUGUGUCUUUUCCAGCGGACACAUCCUCAUCGGACAGGCGCUUUUAGCAGGUCUCAAGACAACAAUGAUGGAGCUAAUGACUGCUAACCCUUUCUCUCACAACAAUACAUCCGACACCACUGGAAGAAAUGUCUCUUUGUAUGACGACGAUGAAGACGAGUAUGACUAUAAGGACGAGCACGCUGAGCUGAGACAGUCUCUCAACAUCAUGUCUCUCAUCGUUUACUGCCUGGCCUUUGUUCUUGGUGUGCUCGGGAAUGGAGUGGUUAUCUGGGUGACCGGCUUCAAGAUGAAGAAAACAGUUAACACAGUUUGGUUCCUCAACCUCGCCGUGGCUGACUUCCUCUUCACAGUGUUUCUGCCCCUGAGUGUGACCUACACAGCUUUGGAUUUCCACUGGCCUUUUGGCAAGUUCAUGUGCAAACUGAACAGCACAAUAAGCUUUCUGAACAUGUUUGCCAGUGUCUACAUUCUGGUGGUGAUCAGUGUGGACAGAUGUGUGUCUGUGGUGUGGCCCAUCUGGGCCCAGAACCACCGAAGUGUACGCAAGGCAUCCUGUGUGAGUCUGGGUGUGUGGGUGCUGGCUCUGAUUCUUAGCACUCCAUACUUCAUCUUCAGGGACACUGGGCCGUCAUAUGACAAUGAAGACAUCAUCAACUGCUUCAACAACUUUGCUUUUUCUGAUGACUAUGAAACUCCAUCUGUGAAUCAGCUGCGACAGUUUCGUCAUCAGGCCAUGACCAUCACCCGCUUCCUGCUGGGAUUUGUUGUCCCCUUCACCGUCAUUGUCUCCUGUUAUGCUGUGAUAAUCCAUCGUCUCAGAAGAAACCGCACUCUGGCCAGCCACUCAAGUCGCCCCUUUAAGAUCAUCGCUGCAGUUAUCACUAUUUUCUUCCUGUGCUGGGCUCCUUAUCACAUCAUGGCUUUAAUUGAGUUGGUGAAUCACAUGGCUAAUCAUGCAAGUGAGAUAUUAGACCAUGUCACCACUAUUGGAGUCCCUAUAGCAACCAGCCUGGCCUUUCUCAACAGUUGCCUGAACCCACUGCUGUACGUGUUCAUGGGCCAAGAUUUCAAGGAUAAAGUCCGCAAAUCCAUCCUGAAUGUUUUGGAGACUGCCUUCCAGGAAGAGGUUUCUCGCUCUUAUACCUACACAAACUCAAUGGUCACCAGUCGGAGCAAAGAAAAGUCUGUUUCUGAUGCCGAGGUAUAAGGCUUUCCAUGGUUUAAAAAAACAAAUACUGUAACUGUAAAUAGCAAAUGUAACUGUAUAUAACAAAUACCUUGGCUUCUGUUGUUGUUGUUUGUUAUCAAAGGACCCUCAAGGCGAUCUGUAUACAUUAUCUAAAAUUGAAACAUGACACCUGUUACCGUUUGACUUAUAUGAGACUUAUAAUUGGCAACUUCACCGACAGUAUUUACAAUCUGGUAGAGCAGACAAAUGGUAAUAUUAUACAGUGACUUCUAGAUCUAUGUGUCAUGCAUUUGUGGGAUAAAGCAUUUUUAAUUUAUGGAAAGGCAAAAUAUUUUUUAUUAAUAAUAAUAAGGCUUAUUUAUGUAGAGCUUUACAAGGGAGAAACCAGAAAUACAAUAACAUUCAUGCAUAAAUAAACACAUGAGGACAACUUUACCCAAAUUAAAUAACCUACAGAGCAAAAGGCUACAAUCAUCUUUUGAGUAACAAUGGUGCUUCUUCACUUCACAGUCCUGAUGUUGCCUGCAAUUUGACUCACAGCAGGAUCCUUAGUUUCUACCAUACUAGACCGAGUGGAUAUGUAUUGUGCCAUCUUUUUCAUAAUUUGAAAAUAGAUAUUACAUCAGUUUAUGGUUUCAUUUGUGCAACACAAGCAACAAGUAUCUAAGAUUUAGUACAUUAUGCCCCAGCCUGUAUGUGAUGGCAAGGAAAACCAGCAAUAAAACAAGUCCUAGUUGUUUAUAGGCCAAGAUUGUAGACUAUAUUAAUAAUCUAAAAGUCUGGCACAUCACCUCAAUAGAAUAUUUUGACAAAGAACACAAUGCAUUUCUUGCCAUAGAAUAUAGUAGGUUGCAAACUAAUGCACUGAAGAGUAAUAAUAAAGAAUCUACAGUGUGACAUAGUGAUGAGGAACCACUGACAGACGUAUAGCAAAUUAAUUUACCAACUCUCCCCUUACCACUGAUCCCAUUAUGUGUGGACAUGACAAAACUGGGCACAUGACCACAAAGACCAUCUUUGGUACAAAUUACACGACCUAGUUACACUAGAUUUUGCUUAACUCAUUUAGUCUAGUCAUUUUGCCUGUAAUGUCAUCUUGUAAUGUCUAUUUCUUAUGUCGCCUGCCAUUUGGCAUCAGAUACUGAUUCAACUGACUUGUUAUACUGCAUGCUUUGAUAAACGCCGAAUAAAUACCUUUUAUAGUGACUAUGAUUUUAUAAGGUUUAAAGUAGAAGCUGCAUUUUAUAUUUGGCUUGGUUUAAUCUUUUGAUCAUUGUUAGUUACUUUUUGGGGAGAUUGUUUUCUAUUUUCAUUAUAUCGAUCUAUCUGCCAGUUUUGUACUUUCCUUUACUCUACUACAUGUCCAAGGUGACAUCUAUAAGUGUCUUGUUUUGUCCGACCAACAGCAAAAACAAACAAAGUUGAUGAAUUAAAAUAUUUAGAUUACUAUUAAAAAAGAUAAAGAAAAAGCACCAGCACAUUUUAGAAACUAGAAUCAGGGAAUAUUUGGCUUUUUUAAAUCAAUCAACUAAUUGAAUGGAGAAAAAGGGCACCAUUAUUCCAUGUAUUGUCUGACUUUUGUAUAGUGGCAUAUUGUGAUGAACCUCUCCAUAACAUUUCUAAUGUAAACAAUGUAAAUUAUAAUUUGACUGUUUUUAUUUUAAGAUUUCUUUUUGUCCUUAGUGGCCAACUCUGCAUAAAUGGUGAUAUUGAUUAUGAUGUUAUUGUGGUUCUUGUGGUUACUAUUACUUCCAUUAUUAAAAUAUUAUUUGGA